UAAUAUAUCGGCAUAUCAGUCUUACAUUUCGAGCAUUGAACAGCACCAUGAAGAUAUUUGUACUAUUGGCAAUUACAGCAGUAGUCUUUGGGCUGGCGUCGGCUUUCAAACCACCAGCGGUACGUUAUGAUGAUUUCAAAGUCUAUAAAGUCCAUGUAAAGGAUGAGCAGCAAUUGGCAGAAUUUAAAAAAUUGGCCAACAAUCUUCCGGUUCGCUUUUUGAAUGAUAUCAGCGGCCCUGGACGCAGCUAUGAUUUGACUAUUGAUCCUGCCAAUCAAAUGGCUUUGGAAGACCAAAUGCAAUAUUUUGAAUUUAAUUAUGAACGCACCAUCGAUGAUUUGCAAGAAGUCCUAGAACAAAGUAUGCCCGCAAAUGUGGAAUCUUCCAAUGCCACAAUGACCUGGACAAAAUACCAUCAAUUGGCUGAUAUUUAUGAUUGGUUAGAUAACUUGGCCAUUGCAAAUAUGUUUAUGGUGACUCCCUUCAUUAUUGGCAAGUCAUAUGAAGGACGUCCCAUUAAAGCUGUCAGAAUUUCAACAUGUCCUGGAAACAAAGCCAUUUUCAUUGAAUCCAACAUUCAUGCCAUUGAAUGGAUUUCUUCGGCCACCACCACCUGUUUCAUCAACAACUUACUCAAGGCCGAAACUAAAGAAAUGAAAAGGCUAUUGAAAAGUUAUGAUUGGAUUUAUGUACCCGUUCUAAAUCCCGAUGGUUUGGAAUACACCCACAAUGUAGAACGUUUGUGGCGCAAGAAUCGUAAGCCCACACGUUUCUCUAAUUCCUCUGGAAUUUGCUAUGGCACUGACUUGAAUCGUAACUUUGAUUACAUGUGGGGAGGUGCCGGUUAUAACAUCGAUGUCCCCUGUGACCAUUGGUAUGGUGGUGCUGCCCCUGACAGUGAACCUGAAGUUGUGGCUUUGGAAAGAUUUGUCAAUUCUUUUCCCAAAAAUUACAUUCGCAUGUAUUUGGCUUUUCAUUCGUAUGGUAAUUUAGUCUUGCUGCCCUAUGGUCACACCACUGAGGAAUUUCCUCCCAACUACAAUCAAAUGAUGCGUAUUGCCAAUGCCUUUGCUGCUGGUGCCAAAGUAAAAUACGGAACUCAGUUUAAGAGUGGAGCCAGUGGUCUUUUGAAUUAUCCCGUCUCCGGUUCCGCCAAGGAUUGGGCCUAUGGUGUUAAGAAAGUUCCCUUUACUGCCACCAUUGAAUUGCGUGAUGAUGGCUCGAAAUAUGGCUUCUUCUUGCCUGUCUCCCAAAUCGUGGAAGUUUGUGCCGAAGUAACUGAUGGUAUUGUUGAAAUGCUUAAACAAGCCCGCAUAGAAGGUCUAUUUAAAUAAAUUAUAGUUAAUAAUAUUAUUUGUUAAUUUUUCAAUUAUUGUAAUAAUAAAUUGUUCUUUAUUGAUUUCAUAU